CAGCCAGCCCUGCUACAACUCCUUUGGUUCCUGGGAACUUGGUUCUGGGCCUGAGAAAGCUCUUUUAUGGAAAGAAAGAAGCAUCAAGAAGGGAGAAUCAGCUCCAGAGGCAUCAUGACUUGGAGAAAUGGUAGAGAUCUCUAUACCAGGUUUCUUUUGUGGUUUCUUCUCUUGCAUACGUUGGUCAGGAAGGUCAUGCCUGAAGAGAACAUCAUUGCAACCAAGAAAGGCAGAGUCAGAGGGAUGAACCUGCAGGUGCUGGGGGGAACUGUCACAGCUUUCCUUGGAAUCCCUUAUGGACAGCCCCCCAUUGGUAGGCUGAGGUUUCAAAAACCUCUCCCUCGUGAGACGUGGUCAGAGGUUUGGGACGCCACGAAACACGGGAACUCGUGUUACCAGGUUAUAGACACAACUUACCCAGGAUUUCCUGGGACAGAGAUGUGGAAUCCUAAAACCAACCUAAGUGAAGACUGCUUAUACCUGAACGUCUGGGUUCCUUCUCCCAGACCCAAGAAUGCAACUGUCAUGGUGUGGAUUUAUGGGGGUGGCUUUGAGACUGGGUCAACCUCCCUGCCGGUCUACGACGGGAAGUUUCUGGCCAGGGUAGAAAGAGUCAUUGUAGUUUCCAUGAACUACAGGACUUCUGCAUUUGGAUUUUUGGCUUUACCAGGCAACCCAGAAGCUCCUGGGAAUGCAGGUUUAUUUGAUCAAAGAUUGGCACUCCAGUGGGUCCAGGAGAACAUAGCAGCGUUUGGAGGCAAUCCAAAAAGCGUGACUCUGUUUGGAGAGAGUGCUGGAGCAGCUUCUGUAAACUACCAUAUCCUUUCUCCUGGAAGCCAUCCUUUAUUCACAAGAGCCAUCAUGCAAAGUGGAUCUGCAAAUGCCCCUUGGGCUGUGAUAACAGCAUCUGAAGCCAGAAACAGAACAGUGACUUUAGCUCAACAACUCCAGUGUCCCACCAGCAACGAGACAGAGCUCAUUCUCUGCCUCCAAGACAAGGACCCAAAGGCUAUAAUGCAGAAUGAACAUUUCUGGGAAAUAUAUGACUCUCUUCUUCGAAUCUUUUUUUGUCCGACUGUGGAUGGUGAUUUUCUCUCUGACAUGCCAGAAAAGUUGAUUGAGGAUGGACAUUUCAAACAAACACAGAUCUUAAUUGGCGUUAAUAAGGAUGAAGGAUCAGCAUUCCUAGAACCUAGAGUCCCUGGGCUUAGCAAGGAUGGUGAUGGGCUGAUCAAUAAAACUCAAUUUGAAGCAGCUUUAACACUGGCCUUCCCACAAGCAAGCCAACUUGCAAUAGAAGCCAUCAUUUUUCAGUACACAGACUGGGAAAACGAGGAAAAGCCAGAACUUUACCGUGAUGCCCUGGAUGAUAUUAUUGGUGACUACAAUAUAAUAUGUCCCACAAUGGAAUUCACCAAAAAAAUUGCCCAACCAGGCCACAACGUGUUCUUCUAUUUCUUUGAACACCAAUCCUCCAAGCUCCCUUGGCCAGAGUGGAUGGGAGUAAUGCACGGGUUUGAGAUUGAGUUUGUGUUUGGGAUGCCCUUAGAAAGAAAAGCAAAUUACACCAAAGCUGAAGAAAUCUUAAGCAGGUCCAUGCUGAGAUAUUGGGCAAGUUUUGCAAAAACUGGAACUCCCAAUGGGACCCUGCCUAAUGGAAAAAGAUGGCCAGUCUUCACCAGUACUGAACAGCAAUAUUUGACAUUAAAUACUGGCACUUCAGAGAUCCUGGCAAAACUACGUGCUCAGCAGUGUAGAUUCUGGACUGGUUUUUUCCCCAAAGUUCUGGAAAUGACAGGAAAUACUGAUGAAGCAGAACAAGAGUGGAAAGCAGGAUUCCAUCGCUGGAACAAUUACAUGUCAGACUGGAAAAAUCAAUUUAAUGAUUAUACGAGCAAGAAGGAGAGAUGUGUAGACUCUAAUUAAUAUGUUUACCCUUCCCAGUAUGUCUGUAUUACUGUUCAUCAGGCAAUAAUACAGGUAGCUUUCUAAGGCAUCCAGUGUUAACUGUGUUAUGAAGAUUUAAAAAAAAAUGUUAUGGAUAUAAUUAUGAUUCCCCAGAUCAUUUCUAUUUUAGCUCCUAUCAAAAUAAACAAUAUAAAGCAUCCAUA